AUGGCUGCUACCUCUCCGCUGCUCGACGUGGAGCCUGUGUGGCUUCAAGGGCUGCAGCAGGAACUGCACACCAUCGUGCAGACGCAGAAGCAGAUGGCUCAGCAGAUGCAGGACUCUGGGAGGGACCUUAGCAGAAUUCAGGAGGGGAUUAGGAAUCUCAGUGUUGGUCAGGAAACGCUCACGAAAAGAGCCGAUGAACAGGAAGCAGCACUCGCACAGAUGCGCAAAGAGUUUAAGGAGCUUGAACGUGACUUACAAGAACUGAAGAGUGCUCCGCCUACUCGGAACGUGAGCCCCGUUACAACCCCCCGAGGGGCCCCCGCACGUUCUAACAGCCCUCGAUUCGACAGUGAUGGCCAGCGCGAGGUCGACGAGUUGCAGCUUGUAGUCGGUGGAUGGGUGGAAGCGAAGAGGGAGCAUGUUGAGUCGGAUGUGCGAGCCAUGUUUGAGCAGCUUAAUGCAUUGCCACUACUCAAGGCUGUCUUCGUGCCGUAUGUCAGGAGCAGCUUUUGCCGUGUGGAAUUGUUCUAUACGGAUGACAACAUAUGGGCGCAGCGUAAGCUACAAACUAUGGUUUUGCAACAUCUGAAGGCGAUGACCUUCGUGUCAAGAGCACCUGGACAAGAGCGAUCCACCUUCUGGUUCUCCCGCAAUAGAACCCCCAGAGAGAGAGCAAAGAUUAGAGCGAUUCUUCAGGUUCAGAGCCUCUGCCAGAAAUACCUUGGAGAUCACGCUGUAGAUAGGGACUGGCGCGGGAAGGUGUGGGCGAAUGGCACCCAGGUGCUGUUCCAUAUCGAAAAGGACCGACGUCCAGAGCAAACGCUUAUGCUCGUGGACGCCAGGGGAAAUGAGACCGGAUGGUUUCUUAACGUCAGAAUGCUGGAGGCGCGGCUUGGAGAAGUGGGAGAUGUUCGUGAUGUUGAAUUAGGAAAGCAUGCAGAGAAGCUUUUUCAGAUUGCGGGAAAGGACUUUGUUGGGUACGUCGCGUGCAUGUGCAUGAUUGUGGAGUCAGUGUUAGAGGUACAGGAUGCACUUAUGCUGCAACGCAGGGCUGGGGAGGUGCUUAUCGGGCAUGAUCUGAACCAGGACCAGGACACGUGGGACCAGGGGUGCAUUGCAACUGCAGCCCGACAACCGGGCGUGUCGUCUCGACCGGCUUCGCUGAAGUACCAAGAUCCGCCUGAAGUGAAGGAAUUGAUAGAGAGGCUCGACAGGACCACAAGAGCUCUUUGUUGGAAAGAGCUAAGCAAGGAGAUUGGAAAGCCAUAG